AUGCGUGUUUUCUCCGGUACAUCCAACAUUCCACUUGCAGACGAUAUUGCCAAAUAUGUUGGCAAGAGCGGUAUUUCAGCCAUGCUGCGAAAGCGGUUUGCCGAUGGCGAGACCUAUGUGCGCAUUGAGGAGUCCGUUCGUGGCUGCAAUGUCUUCCUCAUUCAAGCAACUUCAAAUCCUACCAACGAUAAUCUCAUCGAGCUGCUUCUCAUGAUUGACGCAUGCAGAAGAGCCUCCGCUCACCAAAUCACUGCCGUCAUUCCGUACUACGGCUACGCGAGAGCUGACAGACUCGUAGACCCAGAUCGUCGGCGCAGAGAAGCCCUUACCAGCAAGCUAGUCGCCAAUAUGCUAUCAACAGCAGGCACUGAUCGUAUUGUUUUGGUUGACAUCCAUUCUCCUCAGACUUGCGGGUUUUUCGACAUCCCUGUUGACCACGUGUAUGCUUCGGCCGUACUAGAGCAGUACAUCUGUGAAAAGGAACUGGACGACAUUGUUGUCGUCGCGCCUGACGUUGGCGGGGUUGCUCGCGCACGUGCCUUUGCGAAGGGCGUGAAUGAUGCUCCCCUUGCAAUUAUUGACAAGCGUCGGGAUGGUCACAAUACCGCAAAAGUCCUCAACUUACUUGGAGAAGUUGAAGGUAAGACCGCUGUCAUAGUCGAUGAUAUGAUUGACACGGCGGGUACCAUUUGCGAGGGGGGAAAGAUACUUAAGGAAAGGGGUGCUAGGCAGGUAUUUGCGAUGGCAACACACGCCGUUUUCUCGGGCCCGGCUGUGGAGCGGCUGUCGUCGGGCGUUUUUGAAGAAGUCAUUGUGACGAACACGAUCAACAUUCCACCAGAAAGAAGGUUUGCGCAGUUGAAAAUUCUAUCAGUCGCAAACGUCCUCGGGGAGCAAAUAUGGAGGGUGCACGAACAAAACAGUCGCUGA